GCUUUUUGUUUCACUUUCAUCGACAGCUUCUCUCUCUCUCUCUCUUUCUCUCUCUCUCUCUGCUUCUGCUGCCGCAAUAGCUAUGGAGCCACCUAUGUUGGGGGGUGAAGAGGAAUGUCACAGCAAUGAAUCUGGAUGGACCAUGUACAUAGGGUCCCCCAGAGACGAGGAUGCACAACAUUGUGAUGAUGAUGAUCAUCAUCAUCAUAGCUUCCUAGAAGAAGAUUAUGAUUAUGAAUCAGCAGCAGCAGCAGCACAACAUUGUGAUGUUGAAAGUGACGAUUCCAUGGCUUCUGAUGCAUCUUCUGGCCCGAGUAAAUCAAAGGAGCAAGUGAAUAAGAAGGACAACAAGUAUUAUUGCUCAGAAAAAAAGGUGGAAAAGAAAAAUGAGAUCAUGGCUUUCAAUAGCAAAGAAAAGGCUCCUGCAGCAGUUCAUCAGAACGAUAGCAAAGUCAAGGUGAAUAAAAAUUAUAUGGUGGGAACAAGGAAAUCAUAGAUGUGUAUUAAUUUGAAGCUUAUAUGCCUAGAUAUCAGGUUAAUUUAAUUUAGCUUAUUUUCUUAUUAGGUUUUAAUUACUUUUUUUUUCUGUCACAAAUUACUAUAUAUGCACUGUAUUUCAUUUCUUAGGCCGCAUUAAUUAGUAUGCAUUUGUUUAAUUAAUUUCUAAAUAUUUCCACUUCUUUUUCAUGUGUGCUACUACACAGUCUACACUAUAGUUUGUGUAUGUAUGAGAAAGAUGAACACUAGGUUAUGACGUGUACGAGGAGUUUGAAC